AUGUGCACAGGCUGGUGUGAGGAGAGAUGUACCAGCGCCAGUGGAGGAAGACGCAGGGAUAAACGAGUGGAUCUUCACCCAUGGCUGUGCAUCACAAUCUUGUUCUCUGCUCUUUGGGGCCGGGUGUCGCCCCAGUGCCCGGACAGCUGCCACUGUGCCUGGGACAUGGCCACGGUGCAGUGCUCGGACGCCGGGCUGCGGGAGAUCCCAGAGGGGAUCCCACCGGAAACCGUCUCCCUCCACCUGGAACGCAACUACAUCCGGAACCUCCCGGAGAGGGCCUUCAGCGACCUGAUCCACCUGCGGGACCUGUACCUGUCCCACAACCGCAUCGACUCGCUGGCCUCGGGGGCCUUGCGGCAUCUGGGCUCCGAGCUGCGUGUGCUGGACCUGUCCCACAACCUGCUGAGACAGGCCAAUCGGGAGGAGUUCGGCUCCACCAGGGCAAAGACGCGCCUCUACCACAACCCCUGGCACUGCGACUGCGCCCUCCAGGAGCUGAUGGAGACUCUGAACCUUGAGCCCGAGACGGUGAACGGGAUUGUGUGUGAGAGCUCGGUGCGGGGGGUGGGCGAGGGCAGCAGGUGGGAGGACCCGGGGUCGCAGGGCGAGCAUGCGGGCCAGCCGCUCGUCAAGCUGCUGGAUUCUGGGGUGAACUUCUGCAGCCUGCAGAGGAAAACCACCGACGUGGCCAUGCUGGUGACCAUGUUCGUGUGGUUCUUUAUGGUCAUCGUGUACGUGGUGUACUAUGUGAGGCAGAACCAAGCCGAGGCCCGCAGGCAUCUGGAGUACCUGAAGAGUUUACCCAGCCCCGGCAAGGCCCCCACUGAGACAGACACGCUCAGCACUGGUUUCUGA